CUCUCCCGGUCGCUGUCUCUGUCCGGGAAGGUUGCUUUCAGCAAAACCGCCUGUUGGGAUUCAUUUCAGUGGUGAGCUACAAACAGACACGCUUUCCUGCUGUUUUCUGUCUAUCCCGGACGUCUGCAGUAUAUUCGUGUGUUUGCGAGCCUGCUGUGUGUUUAUUCUAUUAUAACGGAAUACACUCGAAUCUUCUCCCUGUGAAGAAAGAGGCGGCGGACCGCCUGAACUCAAUUAGCCGCUAAAGUCUCAUCUCGGUGGGGGUCUUGUUUUGUGUUUAACGGAGGACCCUGGUUCUGAGAACCCCCACAAAAUGGAGAAGUUAGAGAAGGGAAUCAAGCCAGUGGAAGAGUGUGAAUCUCCCGAGGACGAAGUGGUUGACCCCCGGAUCCAGGGGGAGUUGGACAAGUUGAACCAGUCUACAGAGGACAUCAACCGCUGGGAGACGGAGCUGGAGGACUGCCGUCAGAGGUUCCGCGCGGUGCUGGUGGAAGCCACGGUGAAGCUGGAUGAGCAGGUGAAGAGGAUCGGCAGAGCUGUAGAAGACUCCAAACCUUACUGGGAGGCCAGGAGAGUGGCCAGACAGGCCCAGCUGGAGGCCCAGAGGGCGACAGGUGAGUUCCAGCGUGCGGUGGAGAUCCUGGGGGCGGCUAAAGAGACCAUCGCCCUGGCAGAGGAGAGACUCCUGGAGGAGGACAGCAGACAGUUUGACUCAGCCUGGCAGGAGAUGCUCAACCACGCCACCAACAGGGUGAUGGAGGCGGAGAUGACGAGGACUCGUAGCGAAUUAGAGCACAGAAAGACGGCGAACCACUACAACGCCUGCAUCAGUCAUAUGAGACAGCUCGAGAAGAAACUCAAACGCACCAUCAACAAGUCUAGGCCAUAUUUUGAACUGAAGGCGAAAUACUACCUAAAACUGGAGCAACUAAAACGUUGCGUAGACGAGCAUCAGGCAAAACUGACCGUCGCCAAGGCAGACUACCGCACAGCGCUGCGCAACCUAGAGACCAUCUCCGAGGAGAUCCACGCCCGGCGACGCUCCAUCCCUAUGGGAACCAGAGGGAGGGGCGUGGGGGCCGAGGGCGAGGGAGGCCAUGAGGACAUUACCAACUUCAAGAUGGAGUCAGACGGACUGUCCAUGGUGUCUGUGACGUUUGAUGAAGAAGGAGGAUCAGAGGAAGAGACAGAAUCACACUCCACUUCCGCUCCCCUCGACAUGACCUCCUCCUCCCAUCAUCCCUCCUCCUCCUUCUUCACCCCCUCUGCCUACCUCUCCUCUGCCCCCUCUCUCCUCUCCUCGUCCUGUCCCAGUACCAUGGAGGGACCCAGUCCUGGCGGCUGGCUAAGCCCAGAGUCGAGGUGUGGUUCAGGGCAUGACUGUCCUCACCUCGGCCCCCGUUCCCAGUGCAGUGGGGCCUCCUCCCCAGACCCAGACUGCGACCAAGAGAGAGGGGACAGAGCAGAGGGAGCAGAGCAGAAGUCAGGUCUGGGUAAGCUGACCCUGACCAUAACACACCCACUGCAUCCCGGGGAGGAUGACCCCAACGGGGACCCUAAGAUGACCUCUAGCCCCACACCCCACAACCCAUAGCCCCGCUCCCAUCAUCCUCCUGACCAACAGCGAAUAACGGACAGAAGACUUCACCUCUCACAUCGUAUCAUUGACUCAUGACCUUUAAACCUGAACUCUGAACUAUGAGGCUUUCUGUGGACUUAAGUGUUUAUGUUCACCCCAGAGGGAAAUCUGAAAUCAGCCCCUAUUCCAUACAUAGGAAAUAAGGAAUAGUGGAAAUCAGUGGAGGCUGGUGGGAGUAGCUAUAGGAGGAUGGGCUCGUUGUAAUGGCUGGAAUGGAAUGAAUGGAACAGAGUCAAACAUGUGGUUUUCAUGUUUGAUACCGUUCCAUUUCAUUCCAGCCAUUACAAUGAGCCCGUCCUCCUAUAGCUACUCCCACCAGCCUCCACUGGUGGAAAUAGGGUGCCAUUUUGGAUCUUGUCCAGAACUGAUCGGGAGGAAUCUGGAAGGGGAAGUCAACAUGAUGGAUACCUGGGGAUUGUGGGGGAGCAUCGCCAGCCCAGUCGGUGGUCAAACUCCUUAAAGGAUUCGAAGGAAGGGUGUGAAAGAGACAUUGCUAUGGUUACAUCCUGUCACAAAGGGCCACACAUCCUGUCACAAAGGGCCACACUUCCUGUCACAAAGGGUACACUUCCUGUCACAAAGGGUACACUUCCACACAUCCUGUCACAAAGGGUGCACUUCCACACAUCCUGUCACAAAGGGUACACUUCCUGUCACAAAGGGCCACACAUCCUGUCACAAAGGGUACACUUCCUGUCACAAAGGGAGCACUUCUACACAUGCUGUCACAAAGGGUGUACUUCUACACAUGCUGUCACAAAGGGUGUACUUCCACACAUCCUGUCACAAAGGGAGCACUUCUACACAUGCUGUCACAAAGGGUGUACUUCCACACAUGCUGUCACAAAGGGUGUACUUCCACACAUCCUGUCACAUAGGGUACACUUCCACACAUCCUGUCACUGACUUCAAAACAAUGGAUUGUGUAAACCGGAAGGGAGUUUCCACUAUUGUUAAUUGUUGGAAUAACCCUGGAGAGAGAUGUUGACUGUUGACUUGUGGUCUCAGUGGGGAUGUGAGGCAGAGGUUAAUGUGGUCUCAGUGGGGAUGUGAGGCAGAGGUUAAUGUGGUCUCAGUGGGGAUGUGAGGCAGAGGUUAAUGUGGUCUCAGUGGGGAUGUGAGGCAGAGGUUAAUGUGGUCUCAGUGGGGAUGUGAGGCAGAGGUUAAUGUGGUCUCAGUGGGGAUGUGAGGCAGAGGUUAAUGUGGUCUCAGUGGGGAUGUGAGGCAGAGGUUAAUGUGGUCUCAGUGAGGAUUCCCUAGAGGGGACAACAGAAGGACAGACACACUGUGACAUCACACCACUGAACCCUGGACUUAUGACCCUUGAUCCCACAGCACGUGUGGUUCCUCAAUUAAAAGUUUCAAGUUUAUGCCGGAACCUUUUGUGGUAGAUGGUGGCAGGUUGUGGUAAAUUGCAUCAUUCUGUCAUUGCACCACACUAUCACAAGGGGGAGUUAGAGUGCUGAUUUUGAUUUCUCUCCCUCUAAAAACAGAUAGAAAUAAUUCUAAAUAACAAACUGGCUUUAUUUACCACAGUGUGAAAGGCUGAUAGCCCCUCUAUAUAGAGUUUCUGAAACACAGAGUCCUUCUUUGCUGAUGUGAAGAAGAAACUGAAUGAAAGAGAGUCCAGUGAGGAUCGGGAGGGUAAAAGGUUUCCCAAGUCCUGAGCUAGUUUUUUCAUUAACCCUUAUUUUACCAGGGAAGUUGACUGAGAACACGUUCUCAUUUACAGCAACGACCUGAGGAAUAGUUACUGGGCAGAGGAAGGGAGGGAUUAAUGAGCAAAUUUUAAGGGACGUUCUCUUGAUAAGUGUGUGAAUUGGACCAUUUUCCUGUUAAAUAAAAGGGGUCCUGUGUGGCUCAGUCGGUAGAGCAUGGCGCUUGCAACGCCAAGCGCCGUGGGUUCGAUUCCCGCUGGGGCCACCCAUAUGUAAAAAGUAGUGGCCCCAGCCGACUUGUAAGUCGCUUUGGAUAAAAGCGUCUGCUAAAUGGGAUAUUUUUAUUUUUAUUUUUUUUUUUUCCUGUUAAAAUGUAACAAGUACAUUUGGGUAUUAGGUAGUAAAAAGUACAUUAUUUUCUUUAGGAAUGUAGUGAAGUAGAAGUAAAAGUUGGCAAAAAUAUAAAUUGUGAAAGUACAGACACCCAAUAAAACGACUUAGAACUUUAAAGUAUUUUUACUUAAGUACUUUACACCACUGUCUCUGACAUAGGGUCCAGUACAUCUCUUGAUUUCUUCCUCAAAGAACUCUCGAGCCAUGAUGCCUGAAUAAGGAGGCAACAGUGAAUUAUUGUGGAACACAUUACAGUCUGUAAGGUGUCGGCUAUAAUAUUUGAUGUAACUGUUUGCUUUGUAAAUAGCUAAACCUACCAUCAAAAAUCAAAUAUGGGCCUGGUCCCUGGCGAGAAAUUGCUCCCCACAAAUGGAGUUUGAGGGGAUGCUCGGGACUCGGCUUGCUUGAUCUUCUUCCUUUUUUCUGUAGCAAUUUUGAGGAAAUUGCUCAAGGGCCACGGUUGAUUAUUCCGUGAAGAUGACGUUAUUGAAUGCCUCGCCAGCUUCGAUCCAUGCCUGGGCCUGCAGCACACAACGUUCUUUGUUUGUCAGACAAUCAUUGGGUCGAAACUACAGAACAGAACAAAACAAAAGAACACACAUGGUUAAUGUUCUGUAAAUUUUCUUAUAUAUAUAUAUAUAUAUAUAUAUAUAUAUACAGUACCAGUCAAAAGUUUGGACACACCUUCUCGUUCAAGGGUUUUUCUUUAUUUGUACUAUUUUCUAUAUUGUAGAAUAAUAGUGAAGACAUAAAAACUUUGGGAUGAGUUGGAACGCAGAGUGAAGGAAAAGCAGCCAACAAGUGAUCAGCAUAUGUGGGAACUCCUUCAAGACUGUUGUAAAAUCAUUCCAGGUGAAGCAGGUUGAGAGAAUGCCAAGAGUUUGCAAAGCUGUCAUCAAGGCAAAUGGUGGCUACUUUAAAGAAUCUCAAAUAUAAAAUAUAUUUAGAUUUGUGUAACACUAUUUUGGUUACUACAUGAUUCCAUAUGUGUUAUUUCGUAGUUUUGAUGUCAUCACUAUUUUUCUACUAUGUAGAAAAUAGUUAAAAUAAAGAAAACCCUUGAAUGAGUAGGUGUGUCCAAACUUUUGACUGGUACUGUAUAUACAGUGGCAAGAAAAGUAUGUGAACCCUUUGGAAAUACCUGGAUUUCUGCAUAAAUUGGUCAUAAAAUGUGAUCUGAUCUUCAUCUAGGUCACAACAAUAGACAAACAAUCUGCUUAAGGGGGUUGAAUAAUUUUGCACGCCCAAUUUUUCAGUUUUUGAUUUGUUAAAAAAGUUUGAAAUAUCCAAUAAAUGUCGUUCCACUUCA